AUGUCGGAAGUUCAAAACCCUACUGUCGAGGAGCCUCUCACAGCUCAAGCUCCAGUUAUCACCACUGAAGUUCCAGUUGUUGAACCUGUCACCGAGACAAAGAUUGAGGAGCCAGUUGCUACAACUGAGCUAGCCGCCGAAGCACCAGCAGUUGUUGAGGAGCCAACCGCAGAGGUUACUGAUGCCGCACCAGCCGCUAAGGAGGUUACACCUGUUGAGGAGGGAGUUUUGGGUUACAAAGGUCCAGGUUUACUCAAGAGCUUCAUUUUCCAAAAGAAGUAUUUCUGGUUCGGAACUGAGCCAAUUGAGCACAAGAACCUUUCCAGCUAUCUCCGUGGUGAGAAGCCAGAUGUCGCCAACCACAAUGCCGCUUGGUCAUCCCACACUGGUAAUGGUCUCUUGUUCUUCAGCAAGAAGGCCACCGAUAAGGCCAGCCCAGCUGGUAUCUUGAAUUUGUCCGAAGCUUCUGAUAUCUCCGAAGAUGGCACCGUCGACUUCUUCUUCACCAUCCACGGACACAAACACACUUUCCAAGCUGCCAACAUCGUCGAACGUGAUGACUGGGUUGCUACCUUGAAGAACAAGGUCGCUGAGGCCAAGGAAAUUGCCGAGUCUGUCAAGGAGAGCGAAACCUACAAGACCAGCCACGCUGCCUUGACCAAGCCAUUCUCUGGUGCUGCCACUCCAAAGAAAGAGGAGAAGGUCGAAGCCAAGGCCGAGAAGAAGGAAGAAAAGGCCGAGGCUAAGGAGGCUAAGGAAGAGCAAAAGGAGGAGAAUGCCGAAAUCAAGGCCGAGAUCAAGGAAGAGAAGAAGGAAGAGAAGUCUGAACUCAAGGUAGAGAAGAAGGGACGCAAGAGCCGAUCUGCUUCUCGCAAGGGUGACAAGCGUACUUCCAUUUUUGGUGCCAUCCCAGGUUUCGGAAAGAAGGAAGAUAAGACUGAAGCACCAAAGGAUGAAGUUGUUGCUUCUCCAUCUACCGAGGAAGCCAUCGCCGCCGACGCGUCUGCUGCCCCAGAUCUUGAUGCCCCAGCUGCUACUGAGGUCCCUGUCACCACUGAAGAAGCUGCUGUUGCACCAGCUGUCGAGGAACCAAUUGUCGCCGCCGCUCCAGUUGAGAAGCCAGUUGCAACCAAGCGUAACAGCAUCUUCGGUACCCUUCAAUCCAGAUUCUCUCACAAGAAGCCUGAGCCUGAGGCUGUUUCCCCGGUUGCAGCAAAGGAUGAUGAGCCAGUUUCCGAGAAUGCUCCAGUCAUCCCAGCUGUUGAUACCACUGAGCCAUUGACCGCCAAUGUCGAUGCUGCCUCCCCAGUUGAGGUUGCUGAGACCCCAGUCAUCAACGGCGAUGUCCCCAAGGCCGCAGAAACUCCAGUCACCAAGGCUGAUAAGCGCAAGAGCUCCCUCCCAUGGUUAAGCAAGAAGGAGAAGUCUACCACCACUAGUGAUGAGGAGACUGAAAAGCCAAAGUCACCUUUCGCCAAGCUCCGUGCUACCGUCAAGUCCAAGUCAUCCCCAAAGGCUGAUAAGACUGCCGAGAAGCCACUCGAGCCAACUGCCGAGACCAAGGCCGAGGACAAGAUUACCGAAGAGAUCACCGCCACCGAGCCAGUUGUCUCUGAGCCAGUUGUCGCUGCUCCAACCAGCACCACUCCUCAAGUUUCUGCCACCGCAUGA